UAUUUAGUGAAGACUUGAAUUUUUAUGCAACGAAUUUAGCGCGAUUCCCAUUUAAUAGAUUCCUGUGUAUUAUAGGUGUAAUCCUAACAACAAAUAUUUACUAGCUUGUUGUCAAGCUAACGUGUAAAAAAAGAAAAUAAACACUUAAAGAGAACCUAGCAAACAAGUGUUUUCAUGGGUUACGAACAACUGCCAUUUUCUUAUUUGCGUGCAUAUGAAAAGCUGCUGAAGUCACACAACAAAGAGACAAACGCACAUGCACAGAUCUGUAUAAGCUUCGAAACAAUCAAAUAAAAGCAUAUGAAAAGAAGGGUAAAUAACACAAGUGCAAAAGGGAAUAUUUAAUAAAUUAUUCAACAACAGCAAAAUUACAAAAGUAAAUAAAUGCAAUAUUUUCAUAAAAUGAAAAUAGGGCCAAACAACAACGACACAAGUCAUAACCAGAUACAACAAAAACAGUAGCAAACGAAAACGGCACCCACAUCGUCCGUAACGAAUUGAAUUUGGGCGAAAAAACACGUUUACCUUCACCUCGCACCAGCGCACCCCGCUGACGUACAAACAAACAAAUUUAUAAGCCACACUACUACGGCCACUCAGCACAAUAUAAACAUAAAAGCACUCAUUUCCCUACACUUCUCCAUCUCCGCUCAUGUCAUCACCGCCGGGCGCCUUAAGUCAACCCGCUGUUAAUAUUCUGGCCCAUUCGCUGCAUAAUAGUCAACUCAACUCAACAAAUUAACUUGGCUCUAAGCGGGGAAUAGUGCACGGCGUGCUCUCGCUUGAUUUGCGUUCAAGCUAACCAGCCAUCGCAUACCAAUACAAGUUAGAUAGUGUUUGUUUGUGUAUUUUACCUUUACGCCGCAGCUCAAUUCUGUUACUCUGUGUUUCAUAUUGAAGUUUUCGUGGUUUUAACACCUUAGCGCGAGCUUGCACACAUGUGUGAGUGUAAUGUGCCCGGCUCACAUGCACUGGUGUAAAUGUGUUUACGUUAACAGUCUUUUUUAUACGCAUACGUAUACAGGCAUGUGCAUACUUGUAUGUAUGUGAGCACAUACUUGUACAUUUAGCCCGUGUGUUUAUUGUAAGUGUGGUGGUAGUAAGCUCAAAUUUGCAUAUAUCCACGUGUAUGUAUGUGUGUUGAAGUCCAAAUACUGUAAAAUAUAUACUGUAUCGUUGUUGUUGCUGCACAGCUGGUGUCCGGUACCAAGUAUUCUCAAGUUUGCUGAAUAAAUUAUACGAAACACGUACAGAUAUUAAAAUACGCACAAAAUGGGUGACUGCUGCCAAUCAUGUAUGUCCCGCAUCCCUUAUGCCACAUUAAUAGCGACACUUAUGUGUCUGCUUGGCGUUGGCAUAUUCUGUGGCACAAUGUAUCGAGGCGCCUCGUUGACGGUGAUUAUGAUGGAUCAAGUGUUUCAUUUGCAUCUAAUUUGGAUUGAAGCGAUUCAAAUGAUUUUUGUCAUAAUUGCUGCGGGAAUGGCAGCGCUUGGCUUUAUGAUACUCUUCGUUGGUUUCCUCGCAACUGGAGCGACACGAUACAAGGUCUAUCGCGCGUGGCGUUCACGAGUGGGUGGGCGCAUCUCGUGCGCAGUGUUUAUGGGCAUCACAUAUUUGCUGAACUUCGUUUGGAUAUUAAUUCUAUGCUUCUUAGUCAUAGUCACUUUUAUCUAUACGAUGUUCUGGAACAUGUGCUCCAGCGUGGAACGUUCGCUGAGUUGUAUUGAUUUAACACAGUUUCAUUUCAUGUUCCCGCCCAAUACCAAACAGGAGGAUAUGAAAAUUUGCGAUAAAUAUGAGAUCAAAGCUUUCUGUAAGGAUGGCGUCGAAAAUGCCGAAGUUAUGUUCAUACUCGCCACAUUGGCUGCACUGCUUGUCAUAUUGAGUUUGGUGCACUAUCUCAUGUGUUUGGCAGCCAAUUAUGCGCACAUACGAGAUCAUGAGAAAUUCCAGGAACUGCAGGAAAUACAAAAUCUAAAUGAGCUGGAGUAUAGCGCAACAUCAAAGGAUCGCUUCUAGGACAUAUUUCAGAAGAUUCAUUUUGAGCUGAAGGAGAAGUGAGCGAAAGAUAAAACGAAAAACCAACAAACAGGCACACACAAACACAAACAAACAACAUAUACACUUCAAAAUAAAAAAUUAAUAAAAACAAAGAACUGAUUAAAGCUAACAAAACAAUGAAUACUAUAGAGAAUGAAACUUUAUGCAGAACUCGAGAAGCUGAAAUGAAAAUGAAAUUAUAUGCUGAGAAUAAAAGAAUGGCUUGCAAAAAUAAUGAAUUUUCAAAAAAAAAAAUAUAUGGCAAUGUAUACAAUUUGCGUGCACUUACUCCUGAAUACAUAAAUGAAGUAAGAAAUUGUACGCAUUGAUUCUCGUACAAAUCACGAACACAAACUUGUUGAAAUGUAUAUUAUUUUGUUUAUAUAAGUUGAUUAAUUUAAGAUUUUGAAAACAUGAAGUUCAUAUUUUUAGUUUUAAUUAAAACUUCUUUAUUAUUAUUAUGUAGUAGUAGGUGCACACACCUACAUAGUUUCUUCUUACAAUCUCAAUAUUGGAAAUAUAUAGUUGAAUUUUACUUUAUUUUUCAGAAGUGGAUAUUUUUUUUUAAAUCAUAAGCUAAUAUUUUCAUACAUUUUUUCUAAGUGCAUCUUUGGCAUGCAAAUAAUAAUUUAUAAUAUUUUUUUUAAUUUUUUUGCUUAUUUUCACUCUAUUUGCUUCUACUUAGAUUAGAAUAGAUUAGAUUUGUGGGGGGUUGGACAAGUCCAAGCACUCAGUCAGGAGACCAUUGUACUACACCCGGAUAGAAUUCAAUAGAAAGAAUAGUGAUAGAUAAAAAGUGGGUGGUAAGACGGAUAAAUUAGUUUGAGGUCACUCUUCCACAAAUCUCUUAGAUUCAUUGAUGAAUCUUAAGAGAUACGGAAGAGGAAGAGUAUGAACUUUAUCCAUACUCAGUAUAUCGCAACUCAAUAUCCUAAGUCUGAUCCUGGAAAACCCCAGACAGCUACAGAGAAAAUGCUCUGCAGUGUCAUCAUCCUCAAGACAGGAAAGGCAUAUCGGGCUGUCGACGACUCCCAUGGCAGCCAUAUGCUGACCACAGGCGUUGUGCCCUGUGAUUACACCCACCAGUACUCUCAGGUUUUUUCUGCUGAGUUUUAAGAGAAAGGUCGCUAUUUCCCUGUUUAGUUCUUUCACAAAGCUCUUGGCUACUCUGCACGAGUUCAACCCAGACCAACGUCCUCCAUGAAUAGACCACAUGAAGUCGUCAAUCCAUAGUUGAAUCGAUGCAGAAUAGACACCUAGAUGGGGUUCAGUGCCUAGUGGCAUACUUGCAGAGCCUUCAUUAGCCAAUUUAUUACCUAACUCGUUCCCUGUAAUACCACAACAUCCAGGCACCCAAAUAAGACUAACUCUGUUGUGUUUUGCAACACUGUUCAGUUUUGUCCUACAUUCACUGACUAAUUUCGAAGAGCAGCGUGGGUUAGCAAGGGCUUUCAGUGCAGCUUGACUGUCACUAUAAGUUACUAUACUUACACUGCCUCUGCUAACUAUACAUUUUUUUCUCUAUUUGUAAACUUAAAUUGGUUUUUUAAUACAUCGUCUGUAAAAGCCAAUAGUUUCCUGGGAGUAUCAUGAAUUGAAUUUAAAACGGUAACUACCAUUCGGGAGUGCGUAUGUAUGUUCGAAUCUCUGUGCAUGAAGCAGCAAAAUGAUAGCAAAAGUUAUUUACUAAUAGCGGUAACCGAGUGGGUUCGGACUCGAAACUCAUUGUGUACAUAAAAAAGCAAAGUACAGAAAAAUAUUUUUCUAAUAGCAGACGCAGGCAAUGGGAGAUCUCCAAGUUUUUUUAUUACAUGAAAAAUCUCCUCAUAAAAACCAUUAGCCGUUCGAAGUCAGCUUAAAAGUGUAGGUCUCCCCAUUUGUGGAACAACAUCAAGACGCACACCACAAAUAUGAGGAGGAGCUUGGCCAAACACCUAAGGGAAGUGUUCGCGAAAAUUAUUUAUUUUACUUUUUUUUUAUUAUGAGUUGAAUUUUAAACCCUUGCAGAUUAUACUUUAUAUAUAUUAUAAAAGCUUUUUUAUUAAAUUUUAUUGUUGCAGUUUCCCUAUAAUUUUCAUUAUUAAUUAACGCUUUACUAGUUUUAAUUUACAUGCGUGGCUCAUUUAUAGUUCUAAAACUUUGCAAAUUCUUUAUAUAUAAAGUUUUUGCAAAUUUAAUGCAUAAUUUUAGAAACGUUUAAUUUUGUAUUUACUUAAAUUUAUUGAUUUAAUGAAUGUGUUCACUGAAAUGAGAUUUCAUUUAAAACUGUAUUAAGUUGCACAUCUGUGUACUUUUGACCAAACUACGAGUUGUAACGACUUAACACUUUCCACCCACUAAGCACCAAAUUGCAUGGUGCUAACUAAUAGAAUAUUUAAACUAUCAAUCAUUAAUGGCUACAGUUUAGAGAAUAUUUGUCAAUUUUUUUAUUAAAAAUAUUUAAUUUUUCUCCUCAAAAAUGUUCCUCACAAAAAAACCGUCUGCCAUUCGGAGUCGGCGUAAAACUGUACGUAGGUCUCUCCAUUUGUGGAAAAACAUCAAGACGCACACCACAAAUAGGAGGAGGAGCUCGGCCAAACACCGAAAUAAAGGGUGUAAGCGCCAAUUAAUUAUUUAAUUUUUUCUGUGAAAGUUUAUGAUUUAUUGAUCUAAAAGCAAAAUCACUGGGUUGUUCUGUCAAAAGUUUACAGUUACAUUAAACUAAAUAACAUUUAAUUUAAUUUUUAAACCUUAGUUUAAGAGAAUUUAUUUGUGCAUAUAAAUCCACAAAAAAUGCCAAGAAUUAGCAGACAUAUCAGUUUGAUUUUUUUACUUUAACAUUCCAUGAGCAACAACAAACAGAAAGUAACUCACUCGUAAGAGCUUCAUUGUUGUUGCUGGCAUACGUUUGCAUCACUCCUAGUUUUAUUUAGUUUUUAACUCAUUCAACAUUUUGUUGUUAAUUAACUAUUGUAUAAAUUAAACAAUAUUUUUACUAUAUUAAUUUACUUGUAUUUGUGUUUUUUUUUUAUUUUAUUUUUUACUUUCCUCAUAUACAGUUUUCAGCACUUUGUAUUUAAUAAAAAUAAAAACAAAAAUUCCACAACGAAAGAAAAUCACACUUUUUCAUACAUAAAUUGGUCAUAUAAAAUAGAUUUUUUCAUAAACAAAAAUAAAGGGUCUUUCAAAAGUAACGCCUGGAUGUCAGUAGUGAAUAAUUCUUGGGCGAUACAUUUUUUUAUGUUAUCUUUGACAUUUGUCAAGAAGGCAGAUGUACAAUUUCACGCGAUAAAACAAUGCGUUAAAAUUAUAAAAACUUAAUGUGAAUUAUUUAUUACUUUUUUAUUAUGGUUCUGGUUCUGUGCAGGAUAGCAAAAGGACUGGCAAGACAGGAACUGUACGAUCCGCUGAGAGUAUUGCUGUUGUAGCGCAAAGUGUUGCUGAACAACCUACACCAACAACAUCGAUAUCUCGACGUUCUCAACAAUUAGGCAUUCCAUUCCAUGAAACGGUUUCAGUAACAGAUUUAAUUCAGGAGCAAUAGGUUGUUAUCCUAGGGUCCUAGGGUCCUAGGAUCCCUAUCCGCACGAUGAGGCUGCCAUCUUAGAUUUAGCUGGUGGGAGCAGCAUUUCGUUUUUCAGCCGCUUGCUACAAGACAGACACAGUUUUGGAGGCGGCACUUCCUCGCCUUAUAGGUGGUGGUUUUGACCUUGUAACUUUUUUUAAGAUUGUAAAGAGCUCACAGCCUACUACGUCCGUAUCCACCACCCGUUGCUUGCCCGGGACUAUUUAUUUGUUAGGAAAAAUUGAUUCUUAGCUUACCUCUAUAUCUGAAGGCAGUUCACUAUCCACAAGCUGUGACCCGGAAUUUUUAGAAAUUGACAAAUUUCUCUCGUGGACCCAAAUUAAGACGAAAGCGAGAAGUAAACAAUAUUGGAAAGCAUUUGUUACGGCACUAUACGCCCAAAGACGGCUUGAAAGAAACUAAUUAUAAUUCCAUGAAUCGACUGUUUGGCGUAUUUUUCUUGUGGACAUACCCUUGGUGGACAUUUAAAUGAUGCCAUUUUUCACAUUUAUCAUUAACAGCCGUAUUUUAAAUGAAAAUAGUAAAAAUUGAAAAAGAAUCUAAAUUUUUCUUCUUCUUAAUUGGUGUGAUAAUUGCUUACGCGAUUUUGGCCGAGUUUAACAAAGCGCGCCAGUCAUUUCUUUCUCGUGCUAACCGGCGCCAGUUGAACACACCAAGCGAAGCCAAGACCUUAUCCACCUGAUCUUUUCAACGCGGAAGGAGGUUUUCCUCUUGCUCUGCUGCACCAGCUGGUAUCGCAUCGAAUACGUUCAAAGCCGGACCGUUUGUAUCCAUUCGGACGAUGUGACCCAGCCAGCGUAGCCGCUGGAUCUUUAUUCGCUUUACAUUUUUGGAUCUUUAUUCGCCUUACAUCUAGGCGCGUCUUUUGAAGAACCCUUUUGUAAACGAUGGAUGUGUGUAUGAACCGUGCCAACUCUCGUCACAACCCGGCCAAAAUUUAUAUACAUAUAUUUAUACAUUAAAGAGCCGUCCAACUGUAACUUUACAAGGGAGAAACGAAAUAUUUUGGAAAAUGAAUUUAUAAAUUUUACAAAAAAAAACUUUUAACACAUUCAGUUAUUUGUAAAUGACUUACCAGUAAAUAUAUUUAAUCGUUCCGCUUUUGGCUUGAAGCACCAAAUUUGCUCUUAACCCUUACUCAUACAUAUUUUCAUAUAAAUACAUGCACACACACACAUAAGCACGCUUUUUGCGCAUCCUUGCUUGUUGUUAAGAACUCAAACACACCCAAAAAACGACAUGCAAACAAACUACAAAUAUCAAAUACACACAUACACAUUAGCUCAUCUAUAUGACAACACACAAGGCAAUGUACAAUCGAUAGUUUUAUGCUCAAAAUGAAUUCUUCUGAAUUUGCAUAUAAAAAACACAACAAAAACAUGCAAGUAUAUAAAUUGCGCCAAAAGUUGUAUUGAAAUUGGCAAAAACAACAAGUAAACAUUAAAAUUGCAUUCAAUUGGAAAUUAAUUGUUAUCAAUGCAAAUAUACAUACGUAUACGCGCGUAUAUAUGUAUAGUUUUAUAAAUAAAAGUUUAUAGUUGUAUUGCCAAGGUGCGUUCGCAAAAUGCAAAUAUAAGUUAGAAAAAUACACACACACAUGUACAUUCAUAUAUUAUAUAUAGUAUGGAUGUGUGUUUUUGGUUGUAAAAUUUUGUAAACUUUCACAUUCAUAAAUAUGCAUGCAUACAUACAUACAUAAAUCGACGAAAUAUGCAAAGCAAGCAAAUUAGCAUAUCAAAUCAACGAUUAGUCAAAAGUAGCAAAAUAUGUAGUAAUAAUAUAAGAAGCAGUUUAAUUGCAAAUAAAGCUCUGUACAUACAUACAUACAUACAUAUAUACAUAUUUUAUAAAUAUAUACA